AUGAUUCCAGAGCAAAGAAAGAAGUCUUGGCAUUCUAUUGUCUGGUUUGCAGGACAGAUUCCAAGACACUCGUUUAUUACUUGGAUGGCUUUGCUGGGUCGCCUGAAUACUAAAGACAGAAUUAUGAAGUGGGGGGUUGUCUCAAACAGCACAUGUUCCCUGUGUAACCAGCAGAAUGAGGAUAUAGAGCACUUGUUCUUUGCUUGCAGGUUUUCUAGUAUUUGGGAGAAAGUCUUACAGAUCUCUGACAGAGCUAGACAGAGAUUCACUUCGAGAAGAGAAGUUAGCUAUAUUGUUAGAAGAACAAAAGAAAAAUCCAUUAGGGCUAAAGUGAUGAAGCUGUGGUUCAAUGCAUCUGUAUACCACGUAUGGAUGGCAAGGAACAAAAUUGUGUUUGCGCAGGAAAAUCAGAUAGUAGACCAAGUCUUCAAUAGAAUUGAAGCAGAUCCUUUGGGCUUGUUGUAUUUGGGCCUUUUUCAAGCAAUAAAAAUGCUUUCUUUAUAUCAUUAA